UAAGGGAGGUGUGCGACUGCGCGGGUAGGUACUGGACAGGGGAGAGAGCGGUGCUCGGAGAAGAAACGAGAGGGUCAGAGACAUCGCCUCAGUAACAAGACAAAGAUACAAAGCAGCCGAUGGAUAGAGUGACAAUGCGGCCAGCGGCUGGGAACCAGUCCCAGGAUCCGAUACACUGUAACCCGCGUGAGAGAGGCUCAACUGAUUGGUGACUGAGCGGGAUAUUGCUUUUGAUGUUAUGGCAUUUCUCCCUCUUCGAGGAUCAUUGAAUUCGUUACAGUCAGCUUGCAGCUUGGAUUUUGGGCUAUAAAGCAUUCUGGACAAUUCUGACUUUCAAGCAAAAGGCAUGUUUAAGGUUGAAAGUUAUGUGGUUGCUACAGCGAUCUUCAUAUUGACAACUCUCUUGAUAAUCUACAGUUCCAGCAGCGGCAAUAACUCAUUUCGUUACAAAGGUGAAUUUACCGACACUAUUGUGAGUCGGGCACCAUUAAAUUUAAAGAAAUGGGUCACAAAAGAUAGUUACUUUCCAGUUAUUGGAAACAAGACAAUGAAGCUUCGCUGUGAGCAGUGUGCACUCAUCACGAGCUCCAGCCACUUACUAGGCAGUGAGAUGGGGUCAAAAAUUGACAAGACCGAGUGUGUCAUCCGCAUGAACGACGCGCCGACGACGGGAUUUGAGAAGGACAUCGGGGGUAAGACGACAUUGCGCGUCGUCGCCCAUUCCAGCGUUUACCGAGUGAUAAAGAAACCACAGGAGUUCCUUAACAAAAGCCAGGAAAUAAUCUGUAUCUUCUGGGGGCCCCCACCGAAAAUGCAGAAGAGCAGCCGAGGGAAUAUCUACAGACUAAUUCAUCAAGCGGACUUGAGAUUCUCAAACCUGUCUGCGUUUAUCGUUGCUCCUAAGAAGAUGCAACAGUUUGAUGAGUUAUUUCAGAGGGAAACUGGGAGAGACAGAAAGAAGUCCCAUUCCUGGCUGAGUACGGGCUGGUUCACCAUGGUGAUAGCAAUUGAACUCUGUGACAACUUGCAGGUGUAUGGAAUGGUCCCUUCUAAUCACUGCAGGACAGGCUGCAGUGCAGGAGAGAUGCCUUUUAAAUAUGAAACGAGAAAUGAAAUCCUGCAAGUGGCUUUCUGGACUUCACUGGCUAAAGGACAGUCAGACAUUGGAGAAAAAGGUGUGGUCUAGCUUUGAGUGGAAUCCAGGACAUUGAAUGAACAGAAGAGUUUAGUGUUCUACUCCGGGUUUCUGCUGUAAAUGAAUAUCAGUUCUGGGGUGAAGAAUGCAACCCUGGUAAAAUUCCGGGAUUGGGAAAGGUUGCAUCUACUUGGAAUAUUUUUACAUAUUGACUAUUUUACAAUCUGUUUAUUUCCAGAUUUUUAAAAAAAUGGGAUAAGGUAAUCAUGGGAUAUCGUGGCGAAAAGAAACAGUUGCAUUUUAUCAAGUUGUUAACUGCAUGGAGCAUUGGUAGAUAUCUUUUUAAUUGUGAAAUGCCAAGUUUUUCAAUAUAUGUGAAGGAAAUAUUUUUACAAGUUUAGACAUAAGGAGAAGCAAUGAAAUAAGAUUUAUAUAACUGAGCAGAAGAAUAGGAAGGGGUCAUGAGCCCACACUAAAACCCCCCAACGCCGCCCCCCUGUGUUCAACCUGCACUAUCCUAAGCUCAGUGAGUUGUCCUCAAACAAGAAGACUAACGAAUGGUUCAGGAGAAACCUGUCUUUGCAAGUUCUGAGUAUUGGCAACAGUGUCUGUAUUUCAAACUCCGAUUAUAGUGAAGUCCCGCCGUUUGCAGGGGCUACGCUCCCAUGAUAUCUCACAAAUGGUGAAAUCGCGAAGGGGGAACAUGUUUUUGAAUGGGAUUCAGUUAGACCUGUUCCAGCCAAGUGAGGGCAGUACUGGACUCUCCAGCAAAAAUGUGGUGCAGUACCUGUGAAGGACCGGCAGGGGAGCCUCUGAGCAUAGUGUCGUCGCUCUUGGCAAGAGAUGACCAAAGCGUGCCAUGUGCUUGGAUUCCUUGAAUUCUUUCUAAAGGGUUAGUUAAGAAUUGUAGGGAUGGGAAAACUAGGGGGACAGGCUUACAAAACACACAGGCAUAGCGCUAGGUUAGAUGGUAGUGAAGAUUUAAAAUUGAAUAGCUCAGAAGGAAAAGCCAAUAAAACUUGAAAAUGAUUGGUAUGGGUCCGAACUGGUCUUGUAUAUCUUAAAAUGGAACUCCAGUACAAGUCAUUUCCAAAUUUUACAGGUUUUUCUUUUUGGGAGAACCAUUAUUGUAGCUCCGGAUGCUCCAUCAUGGCUGCUGUCUCCCCGGGAAAAGAAAGAGAGAGAGAAGAAGCCACAGAUUAAGCGAGCAUUGCUUAUGCGAUGGGCAGUGCUCUCUACAAAGUAAAAAGUGUGGAUAAGUGAGUUCACAAAUGGCGGAACUUUACUGUCUAAUGAAAAGCCUCAUCAAAGGUGUCCUAUGAACGGACUAUUCAUGACUGAAUCAUCAAUGGAUGCCUUAAAAAAACGAUUUCAGAAAUAAUAAUUUGUACCAGGUAGUGUGAUAUUGUGCAAGAAGGUCUCAUAUUCCAUCCCUGUUUCCAAUCAAUGCUGGCUCGCUGGUCUUGAAUGGGAGGGUCAGUAUGAACGAUUCAUUUGGCCUCAGAGCCCCCUGAAUUGGGGGAGUCGAAACAAAAUAAUGGCUCACCAUUCCCACUCUUCACUGUUACCCAGUAACACCUGAAACCUGCUCAUCCAAAAGUUCACACCCAAGUAGAUUUCGUAAAAUGGCACGGAAAUGGGCUUUGUGUGUAAAAAAUGUAACUGAUAAAUCAGGCAAUGACAGGGUGUGAGCUGUUUAGGAAGGAUGUGAGGGUUCUUGAGAGGCCGCAGAGGAGAUUUACCAGAAUGGUUCCAGGGACGAGGGAUUUUAGCGGCAAGGUUAGGCUGGGGAAGCUGGGAGCAAAGCAGAUUGAGGGGAGAUUUGAUAGAGGUGUACAAGAUUGUGACAGGUUUAGACAAGAUAGACAGAGAAGAACUGUUCCCAUUAACUGAUGGUGCAAGGAUUAGGAGGCACAUAUUUACAGUUUUGGGCAAGAGAUGCAGGACGGAUGCGAGGAAGAAUUUUUUACGCAGUGAGUGGUAAAGACCUGGAACUCACUGUUUAUGAACAUGGUGGAAGUGGACUUGAUCAAUGAUCUCAAAAGAAAGUUGGGUGGGCACUUGAGGGGUGUAAACUUACAGGGCAACGGGGAUAGAAUGGAGGGAAUAAGACUGACUAGAUUGCUCUAUAGAGCGCUGGCAUGAACUCAUUCUGUGCUGCUAUCAGUCUGUGACCUUGGAUGAGGACAGGGUCAGAUUUGGGCCUGUGGCUUUUUCCUCCACUUUCCUGCCUUUAAGUGGGGGUUGGGAUUGUUUAAACUUUAUUGACCGUUGCUACUUAAAAGGCUCAAGCAUAUCUUGGCAUGAGGCACAAGAGGUGAAGUCAGCUUGCGCUGGGGAAGGGGGUACUAUUCCUUCUGUAACAAAGAGACAGACUUCUUGCACAGUAUUUCAAAUUUGGCCUUUCAAAGCUUAAAGGGCAAGUUUGCCAAAGUUACCCUUUUAGACGAAGACAGUGUAUGAUCUAUAUUUUUAUAUUGUACAUUAAUGUCUCAUGUUCACCAUGCCAUCUUGAUUAGCUGGACUGUGGUUGAAAGGCAGUGUCACAAUGCACUUAAAGAAUCCAUCUAAAUGAAUCAAUUUUUUCAUUCUUUGAGCUAACUCCUUGCUUAAAUGACAGACUACAGGUAUAAAUUCUGGACAGUAAUCAAUGUUCUAAUAUCUAAAUGUUUAAAUGAUGUCUGUGUGUAAAAAGAAAUAAAUAUCUUUAAUGACA